GCCAAAUAUCAAUUAUCACCUGUACACACGCCUAUGCAUACUAACACCUGUAGUAUAAAAUUAUACGCAGGUCGCUUGUUUACCGACGAAACGAAAAGACCGCAGACAAACAAAAGACAAUCAGCGAUCGCACGGCGGGCGAUGGGGGGGAUAUUCGAAGAAUUCCACCUGACGCGUCGCACUUGCGAGUCUCCUUGUAGCGCGAACGGUUGAUCCUGAAGCGGAUUGUCACGUAGCCGGCAGACAGACGUCUUGUAACAAGUUGCCGGCUACGGUUAUUGCGCGAAGGUACACCAUAGAAAUUGCACGUUUCGGGGCUGAUCGAAUGCGGCGUGAUUCUUCCUCCAUCCUUCAACGAGUCGUAUUAUAGAGGCCUAUUUUCAGGCUGGUCAACGUGAGGAUGUCGGGCGAGUGGAAAACUGUAUUUGUGACUGGGGGUGCUGGCUACAUUGGAAGUCACUGCGUCGUCGAGCUGCUGGAGUGUGGAUACGAUGUUGUGGCGAUAGAUAAUUUUGCCAAUAGUGUAACGGAGGACAGCGGAGAAUCUUCAGCUCUUAAACGAGUGGAAAAAAUAACUGGGAAGAAGGUCGCCUUCUACAAUUGCGAUCUAAUAGACAAGGAAAAACUUGAGGAGAUAUUCAACAAGCAAAAAAUAGACUGUGUCAUUCAUUUUGCGGCGAUAAAGGCUGUUGGCGAAUCUAUGCAAGUUCCGCUACAUUAUUAUCGAAAUAAUGUUAUUGGGACGAUUAAUCUGCUGGAGGUGAUGAAAGCAGCCGGAUGUUUUCAGUUGGUGUUCAGCAGUUCUUGCACCGUUUAUGGUGAGCCUGAUAGUCUGCCCAUAACUGAAGACCAUCCGACUGGUAAUAUAACAAAUGUUUAUGGUCGAACAAAGUACUUCAUCGAGGAAAUGCUAAAAGACAUAUCGAGGGCUGAAAAGAGUUGGAAUAUCAUUUCUCUGAGGUACUUUAAUCCCGUUGGAGCUCAUCCAAGCGGAUUAAUUGGGGAAGAUCCUACCAAAGCAUUCGCUAAUCUGAUGCCGUACAUAGCGCAAGUUGCUAUCGGUCAUAAACCAGAAUUAACCAUAUUUGGAGGCGAUUAUCCGACGGAGGAUGGAACAGGAAUUCGGGAUUACAUUCAUGUUAUGGACUUGGCUUCGGGUCACGUAGCUGCACUCACUGCACUCAAAAAACAGCACUUGAGAUUAAGGACGUACAAUCUGGGCACAGGAAAAGGUGUUUCGGUUCUUGAACUGGUUAAAACGUUCGAAAGGGUAACUGGCACCACAGUACCCUAUGUUAUCCAAGAUCGUAGGGAAGGAGAUAUUGUAUCAAUGUAUGCCAAUGCUUCCCUGGCCCGCGAAGAACUCGGUUGGUCCACAAAAUACAACGUAGAAGAAAUGUGCAAAGACUUUUGGAAGUGGCAGACAAUGAACCCAUCUGGCUAUCGUACACCUUUAAAAAACGGCAACUCGUGAACGGCAUCUUUUUAUAAGGUUGACAAUUAUUAAUACGAAAGACUCUCAUUUUUGAUUUUAUAAUGUAUAAUAAAAGCUGAUGUACGCGUAUGUCAGCUUUUGGCCAAAGCUCCAUGCAGUAGAAUGCAACGAUGAAACGAUUAAAUUAUUUUCCUUACUAA